GUAUACCGUAUCCCCACAACUUUAUCCCCACACUCGGCAGUCAAGUAGUACCCGUUUUGACUUAGGGCGUGAAUCUUUUGAUGCGUCUGAGUCGUCCUGAUGCUGCUCUGCCACGGGCCGUUGUAUUUGAGUCUUAACCCCUACGGUAGUAAUCAUAUACGAGGCCGAAUGGGCACUCACUGCAGUGACAGCUUGUUCGAGCAAUUGCCAAAGGUCCAUCUAGUAGGUGGCCUUGACAAUCCAGUGAUCAUUCUACUUGAUGAUCAAUCUUGCUAACACUGCUCUUAUGAUCCAAUCAUUAACUGAGCCUUUCGCCCCGUUUUGAAGCCGCACUUUUGGUGUAUUUCAACACUGGUCAUGCAGAACAAAGUGAUUAAGCAAACCUCGCGGAAACAAAGCCCUUCAUUUGAAAUCGGCUCACAAAGGACCCCAGGUCCACUCGUAUCCAUUGUACAGGUGAAGGGGCACCUCCGCCUCCUCAGAGCGUUCCAUAAUCUGAGGGUUAUAGUAGAAGAAUGUAAGGACCGCAGGAUUCCUACAUUUGCAACACAAAUGGAUAGAGAUAGCCGGUGGAUGUGGUUUAUCACCCUGGCUAUUGACAGAUUUGAGCGAUGGGUCAAGUCUCUAAAAUUCGUACCUCUUGAGAAGUUUAUCAACAAACAUUUCCCACCCAUCGACGUGUGGAUGGUUUGGCACGCCUAUUUAUUGAAUCCAUGUUGGUAUGAAGAAGAUUGCGAGCGUCUCCUCAUCCUUCAGCAGCUCCGCCUGCUCAACAUGUUUGUCGUUGCUUCUAUUGAUGUUGGAAAGCUUGCAAAUAAUCAGCCAUCUGCCUCGCGGAUUGCCACAUGGCAUAAACAAACUGGGUCAUUUUUCGAUCCAUUUGACUCUAUGGAAGAGUUGACUCAUAAACAAAUGGAGUGUCCUCGGUGUAGGACACGUGUCUUCGUUCCGUUUGUUAACGACAACGGAACUGGGUACUCGGAGCAGCACUUUAGUGCUAUGUGUCCUCUACCAGGAUGUAGACUGAAGAUCACAAAAGGGAAUCUAGCCGUGGCGAAGUUCGUGCGAGAUCUGACAGAGUCAGAGGAUGGGAACGAAAGUUACAUGGCUGGAAGUCUAUUCUUUGGCAACGGAAAGCGAGAUCCUCGACGGGCAAAGGCAAUCAAAGAUCAACUAACCCAGUCAUCACAGUUUUGUCGUAAAAGUCCCCCGUCUUCUAACCAGCGCAUUGCUCGACUGGACUGGGAGAAAGAAAUUAAAGAAAGCAUUGGUUACUCCCGUCCACUGUUAAAAGACGCUAUAGUGAUAGCUCUCAAAGACCAGCCAGAAGCGACGAGGACCAGAAUUUUGGGUGCAUACGAAGACGAUAGCCCGUUUUCUAUCAACCUUAUCUCUGCGGUUCUGCGACAGGGGGUAUUUACCAAAGGGAUUGAUGAAUUAGGCUGGCUUAGACCUGGUGCAUUCAAGGAAGGUGGUAAGUUGCAAAUCCUGGAGCAUGCUCUGCUCCGUUAUCACUGCUUCCUCGAUUUAACAGUUGCCUCGCCGAAUCUGAUGUCUGUUCCUACUCUUGACAUCGACCUGAUUUGGCACAGUCAUCAGCUAAUGGGUGGCAGGUAUGGUGUUGAUUGUGACAUAUACAUUGGCCGUCGUGUUGACCAUCCACUCACCACAGAAGAAGGCAUCCUUUCAAAAGCUCUUGAUGACACAUGUCGUGCAUGGCAGUCACGAUUUCACAUCCCAUACAUGCAGUGCGGCUGUCCUGCACCAGACGAAACUGUAUUUGAGAGGCUUAUACGCAUUCUCCGACGGUACACAGGAACUCGAACGCGUCUUCAAGCAUUGCUCCAUCCUGACCAUCUACCUGCCACGCAUCCCAGCCUUCAUAAUGCUGUCCUCAACCCAGAACGUGGAGCCUUUGGAUCUUUUGGCAAACCGCCUCAUCCGCAACGAGACGAGAAAGAUCUUGUCAGACUCUCUCGUCCACUGGGAGUUCGGACAAAGCGUUCGAAAAAGACUGAACCGGAACUUCCGCCGCAGUCGGAGGGCUUUAUUUCUGAGAAGAUAAGUGAUGAACCUGUACCUCUCGGUCCCGCACCUCCGUACGUUGGCUAUGGGUCGGAUCUUCAUUAUAUGCAUGACAUUUGACAUCCUACAUACGAUCCUGAACUAUCACUUGGUUGAUGUGCAGCUGUCGAGUCGUACUUUUUGUUUGUGUAUCUAGAAAUUCCUCCGAGAACCCCAUUUCAUUUGUUGAUCUGCUGAUUGGAAUUUCAUCGUCAGUACCUAGUUCUGAAUCCUAGAUACCGCCAUGCACUGGUGGCUAUACGACCACAGGUCGCACAAUGUCGAUGAUGCAUGUUUUCC